UCAGGCAAGAGAACGAGUUUUGGAGUCAAAAUCCAGAGCGCGGGUAAACGAAACGAGCCAACAAAUCCGUCACCACCAUGGCAGCUCGUAAGAGAGCUUCUUCUAUGUCGAUUUCCAACAAACCGGAUCCGGCGGAACCCAACUCAGCGCCACCGGUUCAGAAGAUGACCCGAAAGACCGUCGGUGAGGAGUUCCGUCUCGCGCCGCCGAAAUUGGGAGUGAUCUUUGUGAUCUCUACUCUUCUCUGCUCUCUAUAUCUAUACCUUCUCUGUUUUCACUACAAGGUCGACUACGAGCUCAAGCGCUCGAUCCUAAUUAACGCGGGGCUUAGCUUUGUUGGGUUCUUCGUCACGCUCAAAAUGAUUCCUGUGGCUGCGAGAUACGUUCUGAGGCGUAACAUGUUUGGGUUUGAUAUCAACAAGAGAGGCACGCCUCAAGGAGAUAUUAAAGUGCCUGAAUCAUUGGGUAUUGUUGUGGGAAUUGUCUUCUUGAUCGUGGCUAUAAUAUUUCAGUAUUUCAAUUUUACUGAAGAUUCAAAUUGGCUUGUGGAGUAUAAUGCAGCACUAGCAUCUAUUUGCUUCAUGAUCUUGCUUGGAUUUGUAGAUGAUGUCCUUGAUGUCCCCUGGAGAGUGAAACUUGUUCUGCCAACUUUUGCUACUCUUCCACUGCUGAUGGCUUAUGCUGGGCAUACAACUAUUGUUAUACCCAAACCUCUAGUUGCUUAUAUUGGCUCGGAAGUGCUUGAUCUAGGACGGAUAUAUAAGUUAUACAUGGGGUUACUUGCCGUCUUUUGUACAAACUCUAUUAACAUUCACGCUGGUCUGAAUGGCCUUGAAAUCGGUCAGACCGUUGUUAUUGCUGCUGCUAUCCUGAUACACAAUGUCAUGCAAAUUGGAUCAUCCACUGAUCCUGAGUAUCACCAAGCUCAUACCUUCUCGAUAUUUCUUACUCAACCACUGAUGGCCACAUCCUUGGCAAUGCUUGCUUACAAUUGGUAUCCUUCUUCAGUGUUUGUAGGAGACACUUACACAGUCUUCGCAGGAAUGACUAUGGCAGUUGUUGGCAUACUUGGUCACUUCAGUGAAACCCUCCUCAUCUUCUUUCUUCCUCAAGUUCUGAACUUUCUAUUGUCGCUUCCUCAGCUUGCUGGCAUUGUGAAAUGUCCGCGCCAUCGUCUCCCGAGGUAUGAUAGUGCCAGCGGAUUACUUACAGGCACAAAAGAUGGGACACUCGUCAACGUGUACUUGAGGUUGUUUGGUCCUAAAUCAGAAAAGUCUCUUUGUAUCCAUCUUCUCGUCUUCCAGGCUUUAGCGUGCACCUUCUGUUUCAUACUUCGACACUUUCUUGCCGGUUGGUACAAGUAAAUCUGCAACCUGAAGAAUCUUUAGAUCCUCUGUUCUUCAGACAAGUUACAAACACAGAGCAUUACUUUGGUUCCUUGUACAAUCUAAUGACUAAUAUAGCGACGAAAUUUUGUUAAAAUCUCAUGUAUAUCUUUUGUUAAAACGCAAUGGCAAAGUUUCAAAGACAA